GCCAAGCGCAUUGCGUUGCAAGCACAGACCCACUUAGCUCCGUCCGCAUUCCUUCGUCUUUCACCUUCACCUCCACCUCCACAUCUGCUCGACUCUUCAGUUCUUUUUUGUCGCUGAUCAGCCUCGAUAAUAACCCCCAUCGCCAACUCUCUGGCAGACUAGACGAAGCAUCAUGUCCGACCCCAACGAACAACGAGCCGUCGCUACCGCCUUUGCGCCUCCGCCGCCCUUGUGGAAGCAUUUUACCCGCGACAAUCUCGAUAAGCUCGACCAGAUCAAGGCCGAAGUGUCGAAGAAGAACGACGGGACUACCGCCAGUGAAAAGCAAUGGUCGCCAGCAGAACUACGUGCUUUGGACCUUCCGCCAGAGUUGCGCUUUCUAGUGCCGCCCGAGAUCCCCACGGGGGAAUAUACCGUCUUUGGCGAGCCGCAGACACUUUCCACAACUCUACCAUCUUUGAAAGAUCAAGGUAUCGAGCAGCUUUACCCAGAACCCUCCUCCGAAGCCGACCGAGCCCUCUCCCAGCCUGCCCAACCCCUCAACCACGCCUACUACUUGCUGAAGAUUAGCAAAUCCCUCCUGUUGAACUUCCUAGAAUUUGUCGGCAUCCUCUCCAUAUCACCUGAACAGUUCGAGUCCAAGGUGGAGGAUCUGCGCAAUCUAUUCAUCAAUGCCCACCAUCUUCUCAACCUGUACCGCCCCCACCAGGCGCGCGAGUCGCUCAUCAUGAUGAUGGAAGAACAACUGAAGCGCACACGAGAGGAAAUCAAACAAAUGGACAAGGUCAAAUCAGACAUCGAGAGCUUAAUGGAGCAACUUGAGGCCGAGGGGAGUGGGGUCAAUUCCGCCGAACGGCCUGAGAACACCGUCGAGUCGAAGGCGGCAGCUAAACGCUCAGUUGAGGAUGCACAUCUGGUAUGGGAUCUCCUCGACAAGGUGAAUUGAGGAACCAAAGCUGGUCUUUGCAACUCAAUCCCCACCAAUCCAACCAAGACUCGAGCUUCACGCCGAAAGCUGCUACUCGAGUCGCUACCUACUGCGAAAGACAUGUCGUGCCCACACAAAUCAAGUGAACAAACCAGGCAUAGAGCCGUGGCCUCCGAGCCACAAAGCCGUACGCCUAUCUGCUCAUCUGGGAGCGGCAAUCACCAAAAAUUAAGGUAGCAUCCUGCGGAAAGAGGACCACGGCAGCAGCACUACUUCCUCAUACGCAGACUAUGUGGAAGCCUUCUGGCAUGAUCUUUCUCGUUGUGAGGAAUCACUCCGAGUUUAGAGUUGGUCCACUUCUCAGGCAGUCACAAUGAACUACCGGGGUGACAUCCCUAAAGUAUAGACCAUCGAUGAGGCAGUCUCAUGAUUAAAUCCUACAAAUAAUACCUCUCCUACGCCAGUUUUGAGUCUCAAAUCAGUUCUCUGGC